UUUCCGACAAUAUAAAUCUUUACAUCUAACAUUUCUUUCUCUUAUGAUCUAUUCAGCUGUUCACAUCUCUUUAACAAGUUCCUCUGCUGCUGGAGUGUCAUGGAAAGAGGGACCACGUUCCAUUUAACAGCUUAUAGACAGUCUGUUUGAAGCAUCUAGACCCAAGAGAAGAAUGAAUAUGAAUGAGAAGGAGGGAGGAGUAUCGGAGGGGGGGCUAAAUGUCACCCUCACCAUCCGCCUACUAAUGCAUGGAAAGGAAGUUGGAAGUAUCAUUGGAAAGAAAGGAGAGACUGUCAAAAAAAUGAGAGAGGAGAGUGGAGCUCGGAUUAAUAUAUCUGACGGUUCCAGUCCAGAGCGCAUUGUCACCAUCACUGGACCGUCUGAGGUCAUCUUCAAAGCCUUUGCCAUGAUUGCAGAGAAGUUUGAGGAGGAUAUCCUGGCAUCCAUGAUAAACAGCACCGUGACAAGCAGGCCUCCCGUGACACUGCGCCUCGUCUUCCCUGCCAGUCAGUGCGGUUCACUCAUUGGCAAAGGAGGCUCAAAGAUCAAAGAGAUCAGAGAGAGCACAGGUGCCCAGGUCCAGGUCGCAGGAGACCUACUGCCUGACUCGACUGAGAGAGCCGUGACCAUCUCAGGAACCCCCCACGCCAUCACACAGUGUGUGAAACACAUCUGCACCAUCAUGCUGGAGUCGCCACCUAAAGGAGCCACCAUCCCAUACCGACCUAAACCCUCCGUAGGUGGCAGCCACACAGUGCUGUCGCAAACACAUGCUGCGCCGGCAUUUGCUAUUCCAGGACAGUUUGCCAUUCCACCCCAAGACUUGACCAAGCUUCACCAGUUGGCUAUGCAGCAUAUUCCCUUUACCUCCCUUGGGCAGAGCAACCCCACCUUCCCUGGUCUGGAGGCUUCCUUUGCCACCACUUCUCAUGAGCUGAGCAUACCUAACGAUCUCAUAGGCUGCAUCAUUGGCAGACAGGGCAGUAAGAUCAAUGAGAUUCGCCAGAUGUCUGGUGCCCAGAUCAAAAUUGCCGGAGCCACAGACGGUUCGGCAGUGCGCCACGUCACCAUCACAGGCUCCCCAGCCAACAUCAGCGUGGCUCAGUACCUCAUCAGUGCAAGUUUAGAGAUGGCUAAACUGAGCAUCCAGGCUGCAUCGUCCUCCUCUUCCAGCACACCUAUCGACCUCAGCCUGGGCUUCCCCCAGUCCAGCUCCUCCGCCUCCACACCCUCUACCAUGGCCAUGCUGGCUGCUCCCUCCUCUAUUAAUGUCCACUCCCCCUCGUCCAUCUCCUCCCUCCCCAGUGCCCACUAUGCAUUGCCUGUUUCCAGCCUGUUUGGCAUGAAAAGCGUCCCCCUGCUGGCAGUGCACGCGGCCGCCUCCGCAGGCCUCCCAGCCGGCCUCACACCCUACACCACAAAGAUCCCCACCUCAUCCAGCAUCAAAAAAUCUGAGCGGCAGAAGUUUGCCCCAUACUGAGCGGCCAUGGUCUAUUAUCUCACCAGUUAUGUUGUAUCUGUUUGUUAUUCGUUCAGUAAUAUUAAGUAGAUUGAGAGUGUCUCUCACUGCCCCCUCUCUUUUUUUUUACAUUUUCAACUCUCUUUAGUCUGUAAUGUUGAUGUUUGAGCAAAAGGUCUGCAAAGUUACAAAGUCCCUCCGAAAGGAGUUAUUCUCCAUAUCAGUGCACAACUGUUUUUGAACUCCCUGAAAAGCCUCGAUUGUAGUUUUGAACGUUCUUCCAGGAACAGACACAUCUCAAUGUUCCUCAUUUAAAUAAUCCCCACCCAAGCCACAGGCCGGGUUGAGUUGCGUUAGUAGUGUGUUGAAACUCGCGGUUAUGGUAAGGGGCGUGACAUUUCCUGAAACACACUCAAAGUGGUUGACCAAUCGCAACACACGGGUCCAGUCAACCAAUCAGAGCACAUGGUGCUUUUCAGAAGGAGGGGCUUCAUAGAGACAGGAACUAAACAGAGCGUUACUGACAGACUGGGAAAUAAGGUGCUGCAACAAUGUGAAAUAUUUGAAAAAUAAUGACUUUUUUGAACAUUCAAGCAUGAAAACAGAAUCUAGUAGACCCCAAAAACAAAAUCAAGACUUUGUAAAAGGGCAUAAUAUAGCCUCUUAAAUGUCUCUGUGCAAUAUUUCACAAACUAGGAAUGGCGAGUGCAUGACAAGAUUAAUCGCUCCUUAUAUUGUCUUCCAUUUUGUUUGCCGUUUCAUUCAGAAUUUUUUUAGAUAUCCAUCUCGCUCCAUUUAAUUUAUCUGACACUGCUCCUGCUCUUUUUUUUUUCUUUUUCUUUUUUUAAGAAAAGCCUAAGCCAACAGGAACUUGAUUUAUUGGUACUAUGCAGCUCACGGUGUUGAGCAUGUUUUUCUUAGAUAAAUAUAUCUUAAAGCGAUCUUAAAUGUGCUGAUUAGAAUGGCUGUCAUCAUUGUUAUUGUAUCACAAUAUACAAAGUAAUUUAAAAGAGGGUGUGAUGCUCUGCCUCAUACUGAUGAUGUUAUUCUGACUUUAACCUACUAUAACAUUGUCAGAACAUACAUCAAUUUAGUUUUUUGUAAAACCCCUUUUUAUUAACACUGCAGAGAAAAUGACAGUAAAACAAAGGCACAGCAGGGCGUCAGAGGGGGGACAAUCCUGGGCCCUGUGAUGACGUCCUUUUAAUACCAUGGACCCCCUGAUAUGAUUGAAUUAAUAUAUUUAGCAGCUCUAUAUUUUAAUGUAUUAAAACCUAUUUAUACUGUGUGGGAAAAAAUGUGAUAUAUUGUUUUCAAAAUUAAAUAAUUGGUUUUUAUAUUGCCACUGUAUUAACGACAAAACAAAAUAUUUAAAAUAAUAUCUGGAAAAUAUUCACAUGGAAAAGUUUCACAGCGAAUAACUACUUUAGAUGUGUAAACAUGAGGAACAAUUUCAUUUAAGUUACUGAUAGUGAUUUAUUUUCACAAUGAAUAUUGUUGCAAAGCAGUUUUAUAAGUAUAAUAAGGGCCAUUAAAAAUAUUUAACAUCUUAAUUAUAACAUGUACACGUUGACAGUAACUGUUCAAACAUUUGGGGUCAGUAUGCUUUUUUUUAUUCAUCAAUGAUGCAUUAAAUUGAUCAAAAAUGACACUAAAGACUUUAUAAUAUUACAAAAGAUUUCCAUUUUAAAUAAAUGCUGUCAUCAAAGAAUCCUGAUUAAAAAAGUGUAAAGGUUUCCACAAAAGUAUUAAGCAGCACAACUGUUAUCAACACUAAUAAGC